CUCAAGUAUUUCAACAUUAGCCACAAACCCUAGGAAAAAGAGGGACAGCUCUAAAAAUAAAUAGAGAAAACCAUAGAGAAAGCAUAGAUAUCAACGACGGCUCCACAAGAAACCCUAGAAAACAGGAACACACAGAGAAAGACAGAGAGAAAAAAAAGAGAGGGAGAGAAGAUGGGAUCAGAUGGUGUGACGCCUCCGCUUCUGAUAACAGAGCCAAACACGACGAUGAUGCGUGUUAAGGGAGAACUGAAGAAACAGCUAUGGCUUUCUGCUCCUCUCAUUGGUGUCAGCCUCCUUCAAUACUCUCUCCAAGUCAUCUCCGUCAUGUUCGUUGGCCAUCUCGGCUCUCUUCCCCUCUCCGCCGCCUCCAUCGCCACAUCCUUUGCCUCCGUCACCGGUUUCACAUUCCUCUUGGGAACAGCUAGUGCUUUGGAGACACUAUGUGGCCAAGCGUACGGAGCAAAACUGUACGGGAAGCUAGGCAUUCAGAUGCAAAGAGCAAUGUUUGUUCUUCUACUACUCUCUAUUCCUCUCUCGGUCAUUUGGUUUAACACGGAACGUAUACUCGUGCUUGUUCACCAAAACAAAGACAUUUCAAGUGUUGCUGGCUCGUACGCGAGGUACAUGAUCCCGAGUCUCUUUGCGUACGGACUUCUUCAGUGUAUCAACAGGUUCUUGCAAGCGCAGAACAACGUGUUCCCUGUGUUUGUCUGCUCUGGGAUCACCACUGGUCUUCACUUGCUGCUUUGUUGGUUGUUUGUCUUGAAGACGAGUUUGGGAUACAGAGGAGCUGCUCUCGCGAUUUCCAUCUCUUACUGGUUUAAUGUCAUUCUCUUAUCUUGCUACGUCAAGUUCUCGGCUUCUUGCUCGCAUAGCUGGACAGGGUUUUCAAAAGAGGCUUUUCAUGAGAUUUAUGACUUUUCUAAGAUUGCUUUUCCUUCAGCAGUUAUGGUCUGUUUGGAGCUAUGGUCCUUUGAGCUUUUGGUUCUAGCUUCAGGGCUUCUUCCUAACCCGGUUUUAGAAACUUCUGUUCUUUCAAUCUGUUUAAACACUUCACUAACAAUUUGGCAAGUCUCAGUUGGUCUUGGCGGUGCUGCAAGUAUAAGAGUCUCGAACGAGUUAGGAGCAGGGAACCCACAAGUGGCAAAGCUGGCUGUAUACGUCAUUGUAGGUAUAGCAGUCGCCGAGGGUAUAGUGGUCGUGACUGUUUUGCUGUCGGUUCGGAAGGUUCUAGGUCGAGCUUUUAGCAGUGACCCGAAAAUCAUUGCAUAUGCCGCAUCCAUGAUACCCAUUGUGGCCUGUGGAAACUUCCUAGAUGGUCUCCAAUGCGUUCUCUCAGGGGUUGCCAGAGGAUGUGGAUGGCAGAAAAUUGGAGCGUGCAUAAAUCUUGGAUCGUAUUAUCUUGUUGGAGUUCCGUUAGGUUUAGUGCUUGGUUUCCAUUUCCACAUCGGUGGUCGGGGGCUUUGGCUUGGAAUUGUAACGGCACUAGCUGUUCAAGUGUUGGGUCUUUCCUUGGUCACUAUAUUCACAAACUGGGAUAAAGAGGCAAAGAAAGCUACAAACAGAGUUGGAGACAAAGAUGAUACAAUUCCAAGAUGAGGAAAAGCAUUGGAUUUGCAAACGUUAAGGAAUAAUGAGUAUGUUGAUUCUUCUUAGAAUUCAUUCUGAGACAUUAGUCCAUAUAUGCUAUUAUCUUUCACUUGUGAUUUGUGAACUUGUGCCUUGUGGUAUGCCACUCGCGUCGUUGCUUGUGCUAGCGGCGUCCUUUUGGCGUCAGUUAGAAAAAAAUUGGAAUAUGGGUAGUUGUGAAUGAGGGCCUGGCUCUCGGUAAA